AGGGCGGGGCCUGUGGAAUCUCCGAAUUCCGAGACACGGGGCGUUGGCGCGUGUCUCCGGGCACGGGGUUCCUCUCAGGCAACCUCCCAUUCAAAAGAUGCCGAAGGGGCGGCGCGGCAGCCAGAACCCCAAGAUGAGCCAGCGGCCGGCCCCGCCCCUCUACUUCCCGUCGCUCUACGACAGGGGGAUCUCGUCGUCUCCGCUGAGCGACUUUAACAUCUGGAAGAAGCUCUUUGUGCCGCUGAAGGCAGGCGGGACGCCGCCGGUCGGGGUGGCAGGAGUAGCGGGGGUCCGAGCCCUGCCUCUGGCACCCCCAGUCACGGUGCCGCCGCCGCCGCCUGGCCUGGGUCCCCCCAGCGAGCGCCCAUGUCCUCCGCCCUGGCCAUCUGGCCUGGCCUCUAUCCCCUACGAGCCUCUGCGCUUCUUCUACUCGCAGCCGCCAGGGGCAGAAAUGGCAACUUCGGCCCUGGUCCCCGGCUCCACGACCCCCUGGCUCGCCUCCGCCUCCCACCCGGAGGAGCUGUGCGAGCUAGAGAUCCGGAUUAAGGAGCUGGAGCUGCUCACAAUUACUGGGGACGGCUUCGACUCCCAGCGCUAUAAGUUCCUGAAGGCGCUGAAAGAUGAAAAAUUACAAGGACUGAAGACGACCAGGCAAGCUGGAAAGUCGGCCUCCUUCUCCUGAGGAACUGCCCUCCAGAGCUGGGCAGCCGCCUCCUUAGGUGUUAGUGCUUAGAUAACGUAUCCCAUUUGUUGUCAUUUCAAAGAUGGUUAUUUUCUGUUCUGUAUUUACUACUGUUAUUGUUGCUCUCAGCACAUACUAGACAU